CGUACUUUUCCAUUGAACGAUCGAGAGGAGCCGAGUAAACACCUCAGCGUGCACGUUCACUCCUCACAGACAGAAAAAUGCCGAGCAAGGAGCAGUUGAUGCUGUCCACGUCGUACCCCCUUGCGGAGAACACGGCUGAACCUGCCGAACACCCGGCGAUGCGCGUCGAAGCGGCGGCCACGGCCGCCUUCCUCUCGCAGGACAUGGAGCAGCUGGUGUGCGAGAUCAAGGAGAAUCUCAGGUUAUCGGGCUUCAAGCAUCGGCCGAGCGGCCACUCGUCGUCCCGGCGGCUCAGCAGGGCCUCCCCCUACCCCACGUCCUUCGGCCCCAACUGCACCUGCAAGGAAAAGUGCUUGUGCCGAAGGAAAAGCAGGACGGGCCAGGGCCCGGCCUCCUCUGAAGACCCGUACGAGAGACUGCAGGAGCUGCUGCGAGACGGCAGCCUCAUCAAGGAGGCCGUCCGCAGGCUCAAGAUCGGCCUGUCGCCCAAACAGCGCUACUACUACGACGACUCGGACGAGUCAACCACCACCGAGUUCCCUCCGUCGGCCAAGUUCGCCACCUGUGAUAGUUAGUAGAAUUUUAUUUGAACACCAAAAAUUCAGAAGAAGAAGAAGGGCUCGCCGUGCGACACAAUUCUUUGUUGAUGCUGUUCCGAGAUCGAUCUAGUGUAUCAUAUUUAUUUUUCUCACACAAUCUCUCCACUUGCAUUUCUCAUCGUAAAAAAAUCUAACGAGUGGAUCGGCAGUAUUUUUUUUUUAAUCGGUCAUCUUGAUAAUUAACGCUAGUGAAACGGAUAAAAAAGGAAGAAGGAGUUCGGACGAUGUUUGCAGUUUGGUAGAGGAGGAUUUAAACUUUUUAGUCAAGAAGCAGUGGUGUUUUCGUGCGUUGUAUACAAUAUAUUGAAUGGAAUUGUAACAUGGUGUUUAUUUUUCUCUCGAGUGGCUUGUAUGACGUCACAUUCGAACUACUACUCUCUCAUUGAUGUGAAUACUUAACAUUGGAAUUCUCUAGAACUGAUUGUGAGUGGUAAUUAUUAUCAUUAUUGUAGAGAGGAAGAGAAAAAGCAGGCAGGUGUCACAUAAUAUCAUGAACUAAAAAAAAUUGACGGUUGGGAAAAAGUAAGAUACUACUACACUUCUUUCCUGUUGUGAGAAUCGAUUAAAAUAUUCACAAUGACUGUUCAAAUCAUAUAAACUGUACCAUAUAGGAUAUAUAUAGAUAAAAAUAAUGUGAGAGAAAUUAUGCAAAUUCAUUUUUUUCGUUUGUCGCAAUGAAAAAGUGGAUAUGCUUUGGAAACAAUAAGAGAAACUAUUUGAGAUGAUGACUAAUUUGUUUGCAUGUUUUAAUGCAUUUUCAAUAAUAUUAUGUAAAAUGAUGACGAUAUAUAAGAUAAUAUAUAAUUUUCCUAUGUUGUAAAAGGAAGAAACUCGACAAAAACAAUAAAAAACUUAAAUUAUUAAAAAUGAAA